AUGGACCGGUACCAGAAACGAUCACAGAAAAAGUCCUCCGGUGUCGCUUCGGCGGUGCAGGGGCAAGGUACCCCUGUUGAGGGUUCUGCUGAAUUGGUUGCCUUCUCUGGCUCCUCCGCGCCCGGUUCCGGCGACGUCGCUGAAACAAAGCGCAAUCCUCGCAAUCGUGGGUACGGUAAGUCAAGCUUCGCUGAAGGGCGUGACCGUCCUUUUUAUCGAGGCUCUAGAAUAGGUACGGCGACAACACCUCUCGCUCUGGGGAGAUGGUGGAGGGUAACGUUCUCACCGAGCGCGAGAACGUGCAACCUGGCGUCAAUCCCGACGCUGAAGUGGUGGUCUCCGGCGAACCCGUCGUGA